UUUCCGGGUUCAAAGUUCUUUUAAAGGGUCCUCACGGCGCGGCUUCUUUACUAGUACGUUAGAGGCGGUGCAAUAUCAUUAAAAACACACAAAGUUCCGACAAGCUUCGCUUAUCUUAACGCCAAAAGAUGUCUGGAAGGGAAGGAGGGAAAAAGAAACCACUGAAGGCUCCCAAAAAACAAACAAAGGACAUGGAUGACGACGACGUGGCCUUCAAGCAGAAGCAGAAGGAAGAGCAGAAGGCUUUGGACGCCUUGAAGGCCAAAGCUUCGGGAAAAGGACCCCUAGGUGCGGGCGGCAUCAAGAAAUCGGGCAAGAAAUGAAGCCUCCCAACUCCCCUUCCUCCGAUUUGCUUCGCUUCGAUUUAGUGUCAAAUUUCCGUGAUGGUUCCCAAGCAGUGUUUACUAACUGGAGUGAGUGUACAGCUUUCACACUGUGAUAUUUUCUUGUCGCAAACACUUGUAGUCGUCAACGCUGACUAGCCAUUUUCAAAUAUAAGGUUGGUCUCUGUUGGAAAUAAAACUCGCAAACAUUUUUGUUUUUUUUUUAAUGACAUUUUAUUGUAAAUGUGAAAAAGACUAAUAAAAUGCUUGCAAAUAAACCCAA